AUGACGACCAGGGAGCAACGGCGGGAGGAGUACUCGUCCUCGAACACGGUACGCGUCCUGUCGCCCGGAACGCACGGGAAUCAGUUCGAUAAUAGAUUGGACAACCUCCUGGAGGACCUACAGGCCAGUGUUUCACGCCCGGGCAGCUCGCUCGGUCAGCCGAUGCCAUCCUACUCGACGACGCGCGAAGUGCAGUACCUACAGCCGGCCAAUGUCACAACCGUCGCACGCGAACGCUCCGUCAGUCCGUCCAUUGCAACGAACGAACGGAAGGUCUACAAGACGGCCAAGUACGAGUACAAAUCGAGCGGUGGUAGCGUGCUCCCGGGAACCGGUGGGAACAUCGGACGGGCGGAUCAAUCCGUGAGCGAGGUGUACCAGCGCAACAUAAAUCAGCUCGACACGCUUCUGAGUGAUCUUGAACGUGAGCGCGACUCGUCACUCGAUCGCAGUAACAGAAAUUUGAGUCGCGAUGGCAUCGAUUCCGGACUGCAUGAACCCGGCACAAAGAUCAUCAAAACGACGACGACGUACAGCACGACGGGUGGCAAACAGCAGCCAGUGAACCGUGAGCUGGUGUUCGAUUCACCAAACAGCUACGAAGUGCGUCAGUCCCGUUCACGUCAUCGCAGUCCGUCCUAUGAAAACCACGCGACCACGGUGAAGAACGUCUCAUACAGCUCCGACAGCUCCGGCAUCUAUGGUGGCAUCAAUCGAUCGGCCACACCACAGCGUUCCAUGACGCCAGCUCGCUCGGAGGAGUACUACACCGAGACGCGCACGGUUUCACCGAGCUCUGACUUGAUGCCACGCAACGUGCGCUACAACGAAACCGUCCAAGUGGACAACGCCGCUAACGUGCUGCACAGUAUUCCCCUGUCCGAUGAUAUUCUGCCGCGCCCAAACACGAAGGUCACGACGACGGUGCGGACGUACACGUACGAGCUGCCACCGGAUGCCACACCUGGGUCACUCAACCAGACCAUCUCGUACACGAACCAGGCGGUCAACCAGACCACCAACACGCUCGCGAGCCCGGGAUAUCCGGAGCAUCCGUCGCAGCACGUCAAUCCAGGCACGAAAACGGUGCUGGUGAAAAACGAAAGCUUCAACACGACCAACAACGUGCAGGAGUACCCGGUGCCGGCGAUUCUGAACCACCCAUUGCCACCCAACACGGCCAAAACCAUCUACUACAAAAAGGACACGAAGCACUCGACCACAAACUUCUACCCAGAUCAGCCGACCGGUGAACCCGGUUAUCCUGGCAGCUUCCGCGCGAUCGAAGCGCCCCCACCGACCGGUGGCGAUUCGAUGAAGUACACUGUCGAGCAGCCGAGAUACCCACCGGGCAAUAAUGCCACCUACAUCUACCGCGAGGAGCGCACCAACACGAACAACCGCUACGGAUCACCGGUUCCGGUUGCAGACAAUCUCUAUCCGACGCAGGGUGGACCUCCGGGUGCAGGAUCGCCACCAACGACGGUGACAUAUAAGUACAGCUCCACCACGACCAACGCCACCCGCAAUCUGUAUCCUCCACCAGCUGAACGGGAACCUCUGCUGCAGCCGUUCCCGACGGACGGUAUCGAUCGGAAUGACGUCGAUGGGAAUCCACCCCGGCGGCUGGACGAUCUCAUGGCCACAUUCGGCGAGGACGGUCAGAUCAUUUACCAGUCGAAGACUACAUCACAGACCGAUGGUCCGCGAAGGACGUCCCCGGACAUGAACGGAACGGGGCCGAAGCCAGUGGAUGACGGCAUGGACAAGAAGGCCGCUCCGAAUCAGCUUUCGUCGAAGAACAUCGCCGGUCCGCCUGUUUACUAUCCACCAGGGCAUGAGAUGUUCGCGAAAAAAGAGAUGGAAGCCGGUGGCUGGCGAGCCCAGGGCGAGUACGCGAAGGCCAGCGGCAAGUAUAAGUACGAGGCGGAGAGCAAGUCCAAGAGCUCCAGCAAGUCUGGAGCCGCCGUUGUGCCCGUGUGUCUACCGCUUUGCUGUGCGAUGCCCUGCUCGAUCAUGUAGUUCGCCUCCAUCGCCGUGGAAUGCCUUAAUGACUUAUUUUAUUCUUUAACCUGAAACCUGAAAAUAACAAGCAACGUCAAAACGGGGACGGAACGGAAUCAUCAAGUGCCAAUUAACGAUAUUAUAUCUGCUGUUAUGUUACUUUGCAAACAAUGACUAUCACUACUGUUUAUACACCCAUUACUGUUCUAAUUCUGGAGGACUAAUAAAGUGAAAAGU